AUGGCUCAGACGAAGCUAGAAGUAUCGUUCAUUGGCCUCGGAGCCAUGGGGUUCGGGAUGGCCACCCAUCUGGUGAAGGAGGGAUAUUCUGUCACAGGCUUCGAUGUCUGGGGUCCAACGCUUGACAGGUUCAAGGAAGCUGGAGGCAAGGCUGCCAAGACGCCAGCCGAGGCCGUUCAGGGGAAGGACUUCUGCGUCUGUAUGGUAGCCACGGCACAGCAAGCUCAGGCAGUAUUGCUGGAUGGGGAGAGUCCAGCUGUGCCAGCUUUGCCUCAGGGGGCCACAGUACUGCUGUGCUCGACCGUGCCAUGCGCAUACGUCCAGUCCCUAGAGAAGCAGUUGGUGACACUUGGUCGAGGAGAUAUUUACCUGGUCGACGCUCCUGUGUCAGGGGGAGCAGGUCGAGCAGCAGAUGGCACCUUGUCUAUCAUGGCUGGAGCGUCCGACGCUGCAAUUGAAAAGGGGCGAGAUCUCCUGCAGGCCAUGUCCGACCCCAAGAAACUGUACAUCGUAAAAGGGGGUGUUGGCGCGGGCAGCAACAUGAAAAUGUGCCACCAGGUGUUAGCUGCCAAUCAGAUUCUCUCCUCAAGUGAAGUGAUGGGCUUCGCUAGUCAUCUCGGGCUGGACCUGAAGAAGACAAGCGAAACUAUCAUCAAUUCUGACGGCUGGAGCUGGAUGUUUGAGAACCGGCUCCCGAGACUUCUUCACCCAGAACACAAACCCAUCGCCAGUGCCUUGACAAUCAUCUUGAAGGACACCAGCAUUAUUACCUCCGAGGCAAGGAGGUGCAAGUUCGCGACACCUAUGACAAGCGCAGCCGAGCAGGCAUACUUCACUGCCCUGGGCCGAGGAUGGGGCCCGGAUGAUGAUGCCAGUCUCAUAAGACUCUAUGCGGAAGGAAAGGGGAAGGUCGGGCCGGUGCAGGGUGCAGCCGAGACGGAGGCGGACAAGUUGUCACUGGUGAUUGCUUUGUUGAAGGGCAUUCAUCUUUGCUCAGCGGCGGAGACUCUUGCAUUCGCGAAGCACGUGGGUCUAGACUUGGACCAGGUGUAUGAGCUAUGCAUCAACGCCGCAGGCGGCAGCAAGAUGCUGGAGAGUGCCGGACCAGAAAUCAUGCAGGCUUUCCAGGAAGGAAAAGCUGGAUCGGGAUGGGCAGCCACCACGGACGGCAGCCCGUUGUACCUGGUGAUCGAGGAACUUCAAAGUGCGGUUGAAGAAGCCCAAAGGCUGAAACUACCUCUUUUCCUAGGCACACAAGCUCUCAGCAUCAUGCGCCUGGCCGAGCAGAGCCUGGCAGAAAAGUCCGGGUUGGCGGCAGGAUCAGUAGUGAGUGUCUGGGUGGCUUGA